GCAAAUGGUUCCCCUGUUUUAUAUGGGAUAGAAUAACAGAGAGAGCCCAUGGAAUCAAACAGAUAUUCAAAACUUGCCAAUUACUGUGUUUUCUUGCCAAGCACUCUCCAAAGUCUCCCCCCAAACCAUUAGCCAUGGGUGCCAAACCCAAGCUCAAGGAAGAACCACCAUCCCCGGCCCUUGUAGAAACAGUUGAAGAAAUCAUGAAGCUCUACAAGUCGCUGCCACCGAGGCCCUCCAUUGAAGAGGUCGAAGCAGCCUUGUCCGUCCUCGAAACAGUGGCCAACGAGGAGCAAGCGAAGCUCGAGGAGAUAUCGAAGCUAGAGAAACCGAAAGACGUUCCCCAAGAACUCUUCGAUGUGUUGCAGAAGUCGAAGAAGACCGUGGUUUUGUUUCAGAGCCACGAGCAGAGGAAGGAGGCUUCAUAUGUGGUUGAGACUGACAAGUUGUUUCACACCUUUGAUGAUCUUAUCCAGAGAGCUUCCGGGUUGGUUUCGGGUGAUGUUCCGAGUCAGAAUCAUGUUGAUUUCAGUGACCCGGUUGAGAAAGUUGGGAGGGAAGCUGUGAUCCGUGAUCAAAGUUUGGUGAAGAAGAAGAAGAUGGGAUAUGAAGAAGAUGAGAAAGAUGGCUUUAAGGGUUUGGUGAGCAGUGCUUCCACUCUUUCUUCAGGUGUCGUGGACUCUGGAAAGUUAAGCCUAAUGAAGGUGGCAGCUGUGAUUGAAAACACCGCUAAAAGUGGGGAAGUAGUUCUUGAUCUUGGAGGAAAGUUAGUAGAUCAAAUGGAGUGGCUUCCUGUAUCCCUUGGGAAGUUAUCAGAUGUAACCGAAUUGAACUUGUCUGAAAACCGAAUCAUGGCUCUUCCGCCCACGAUCGGUGGCCUUAAAGCCUUGACAAAGCUUGACAUUCACUCGAACCAGCUGGUAAACCUUCCAGAGUCAUUUGGUGAGUUGAGCAAUCUCACUGAUCUUGACCUCCAUGCAAACAUGUUGAAAUCUCUGCCGGCCUCUUUCGGGAACUUGAUUAACCUCCUUAACCUCGAUUUGAGUUCAAACAAGUUCACCCAUUUGCCCGAUGUAAUUGGGAAAUUGGCCAGUUUAAAGCUACUGAAUGUUGAAACAAAUGAGCUUCAGGAAUUGCCUUACACAAUUGGAUCCUGCACAUCAAUUGUUGAGCUACAUUUGGAUUUCAACGAGCUAAGAGCUCUUCCGGAGGCAGUUGGAAAGAUCGAAAGCUUAGAGGUUCUUACACUUCACUAUAACAGAAUCAAAGCGUUGCCAACAACAAUUGGUAAUCUUAACAACCUCAAGGAGCUUGACAUUAGCUUCAACGAACUCGAAUCCAUACCCGAAAACUUGUGCUUUGCAGUGAACCUCAAGAAGCUGAAUGUGGCAAACAACUUUGCAGACUUGAGAGCCUUGCCGCGGUCAAUUGGUAAUCUUGAGUUGCUUGAAGAGUUGGAUAUCAGUGAUGAUCAGAUCAGAACUUUACCAAACUCUUUCAAAAUGUUGUCGAAACUGAGAGUUUUUCGCGCCGAUGAGACACCUAUGGAAGUUCCACCAAGAGAAGUGAUAAAACUGGGUGCCCAGGCUGUUGUGAAGUACAUGGCAGAUCUUGAGGCCAAGAGAGAGAGUGCUGCUUUUCAAGCAUUGAAGCAGAAGAAUAAGAAGGGAUUUUGGUUCUGGUUUUGCUCAAAACUUUGCUCCAUUGGUGGUAAUUCUGCCAACAACUAGCAAGUAAUUAUUUGAAUUUUUUUUAUUUGAAAAUGAUAACCACACACUAUUUUUCUUCUAUUAAAUAUUUUUGUUUAUUUUUAAUAUCGGAUUGAAUAAAUCAAAUAGAAACAACAAAUAACAUUAAACAGAAAUGUGCAGAAGAAAAAAAAAAUAGUGUGUGGAUAUUAUUUCGUUCUCUUACAUUUCCUUGCCUUUGAAAAAAUUGUGCCACAAGUCUCUAUUGUACAUAUUUAAUUCAGUCCAAAAAACUUCAAUUUUUGAGCUACUCUUAUUCGUGCAAAUAUGGAUCUAUCUAUCUACAGUUUUUUGUUUUGUU